CGGGACCUGUAGAUAAACUCUCGUGGCUGGGUAAAAAGUUUGGGUGCUAAGAACUACAAAGAGUUGCAGGCAUUGGAGGAUGAAAUUGGAACUAAAGCCAUAACUUUGUACGUAGAAGAUAAGCAGGGAAAUAACGAGACGAUAGAGGGUGGAAAUAAUGAUGAUGCCACUGCGGAGACGGAUGCCACUGGGGAGGGAUACCGCUAUGGAGACGGAUACUGCUAUGGAGACUAAUAACGAUGCGGAGACAGAUACCGCUGUUCCAACCACUGAUAAGUUUGUUGAACAGCCACCAGCCAUAAAAUCGACUAAGUAUAUAGAGGAAUGGGGUGAUGGUUUGAGUCUGUGUAAACAUGACAAAUUUUCAAGUAAUAGCGUAAUUCAGGAGAUCGUCGAUAGAGCUGCUUAUAGCGAAUGCUAUCAUUAUCUCACCAGUAAGUCUGAUCGUAGACAAGAUAUUACCUAAGAACCAUAAAGGUAUGUAGGUAGCCUUUCUAAAGGCACAACCAUAAUAUAUUUUAUCUCAUCAGUGGUCAACCCUUAGAAUCUUUCUCAAUGGACAAGGAUUGGAGAUCUCUGAUCUCGAAAACACAAUGCAAUUUAAUAUGGCCCGAAGUUGAAGAAACUCCUUGUUGCAAGGACAUAAGAUAAUCAAUGCGGAAUGGAGAUCAAGAGACCUGUUGAAGGCUUCUUUACUAUACAAUCAACCAAAAACCCUAACCCUAUUUCUGAGUGGAUUUUAUGAUCCAUCACCUGUUAAUGUCAAAAGUCCGCUUAUUAUUGUGAUGAUAUAACUUGUUAUUGAUAUAACUCAAAAUUUUUACUAAUCAUGAAUUAGUUUUGAAUUUUUGAAGUUGUGUGUGAGUUGUGAUUGAUAUUGUUGUGUUGCAAUUUUAAGUUAUGAUUAUAAAAGUGAUAACUCAGAUGCUAAAUCAACCAAAUUCUCAUGUAUUAAGAAUUGAGCUAAAAAAAUGUCUGGGCUUUCUACGUCUAUUUUUUAUUUUUUAACAAAUUCAACAAUUUACAAUACACAUGAUCAUAUAAUUUAGUACGUUUAGUUUUAUUAAUUAGUACAAUAUAUAUUCAAUCUUUUAAUAUAAAUAUAGCUAUCUACUUGAUUUAUUUUUAUAUUUUUAAUUGUUAAUUUUGUUUGGUAACUAUUAUGUACAUAAAUUAUUUUAUAUAUAUGGAAGAUUUAUAUAUAUAUGUGUGUGUGAGUGUGUAUAUUUGAAUAUCUUUAGUUAAUUUUUAAGUUAAUAUAUUUAUUUUUCUCUGCAUAUUUUUAUUAACUGUAUAUUUAAUUUUAUUAUAUAUUUUAAAAAUAAUACGUAUUAAAUUUAUAUAUUGAAAAAAAAGUUACCAAUCAAUAUGUUGGUAACAUAGAAACUCAUAUUAUUUAAGCAAAGACGAAGCCUAUAUCCGUUUUGAAAAGUCUAUAUAAGAUAUAUGGGUUUGGUCUACAAGUUGAGCGGUCUUAUUCAAUACCUCGUCAGAGAUUUCAAUAAAAUAAUCCUGAAUUCCUUCUCUUUACACAUGAGAAAGCACGAUAAAAGUCCACUCUUUAGUUUCCUACAGAUCAAGUAAAAGAUGAUGCACAAGAAGAUGCUACUCGUUGCAGCGUCGAUCAUCUUGAAUCUCGUAUUGAUCAUUCAUGUUCUUUAUAAUAACUCAACCACAUGGAAUCCGUCAUGGACUAAUAGAGCCGCCAAGGAGGCAGAGGACGUAGCCUCUGUUUCAUGCUCAGGCCACGGCAGAGCUUAUGUAGACGGUUUAGGUAUCCUUGACGGCAAUAAACCUCCUUGUGAGUGCAACAACUGCUACACAGGAAAAGACUGUUCCUUUCUUCUCCCAGAUUGUCAUGCUGCUGCUAACUCAGGAGACCCUUUGUUCUUGGAGCCGUUCUGGAUGCAAAAGGCAGAGGGAAGUGCGGUUGUUGAGUCAGGAUGGCACAGGAUGAGCUAUCAUUUUUACGAAGAUGGCUCAUAUGUGUCAGCAGAGCUCGAGAGGAUCACUAGGAAGCUGCAUAACGUAGUUGGAAACGCAGUUACUGAUAACAGAUUCGUAAUCUUUGGAACUGGAGCCACGCAGUUGAUUGCAGCCUCUGUUCAUGCUUUGUCUCAGACAAACGCAGCAUCUCCUUCAAGACUUGUGUCUGCUAUUCCAUACUACAAUGUGUACAGAGAACAAACUGAGUUCUUUAAUUAUGCAAAUCUUAGGUUUGAAGGAGACGCGUCUGCGUGGAAGAAGAGUGAGCACAAUGAUAAUGCGACACGAGUAAUAGAGAUAGUGACUUCUCCUAAUAAUCCAGAUGGGAAGCUGAAAAGAGCGGUUCUUGAAGGUCCCAAUAUCAAAAGCAUUCAUGAUUACGCGUACUACUGGCCUCAUUUCACACCUAUUACACAUCCGGCUGAUGAAGAUGUGAGCUUGUUCAGUCUCACAAAGACUACUGGUCAUGCUGGCUCAAGAUUCGGAUGGGCAUUGGUAAAGGACGAAGCUGUUUAUGAAAGAAUGAAAAGGUAUUUAACUCUAAGUAGUAUGGGAGUUUCAAGAGACACACAGCUUCGUGUUCUGCAGUUGCUCAAAGUAGUAGUUGGUGAUGGAGGCGAGGGUAUAUUCCACUUUGGUUAUGAAACAAUGAAGAAGAGAUGGGAGGUAUUAAACAAGAUCUUUUCGAUGUCCAUGCGUUUCUCGCUCGAGACUAUAGAGCCUGAAUACUGCAACUAUUUCAAGAAACGCAGAGACUUUACUCCUUCUUAUGCGUGGGUGAAGUGUGAAAGAUUAGAAGAUGCAAACUGCUAUGAGAUAUUUAGAGCCGCAAAGAUAAAAGGACGUGAAGGAAAAGUAUUUGGAUCAGAGGAACGUUUGGUUCGAUUAAGUCUCAUCAGGACACAAGACGACUUUGAUCAGCUAAUUCAUAUGUUGAAGAAGUUAGUAUCCCAGGAAGUUGUACGACCUGACUCCAUCUAAAAACUUUAAUGUUGACAUCAGUUAUUUUCAAUUCAAUCAUAUAAAAUUAUUCAUAAGCAUACAUUAUGCCCAUUUUAUGAAAGAUUUGUGAUUGUUUUAGAGGAAAAAAAAAGAUUUUUGAUUGUUAUUAACUCUAAAAAUAUUUACAAAUCAAUCUCUAUAAUAUUAUUUGAGAAUUCA